AUGCAAGCCACACUCGCUGCAGAACGUGGAGGCCUAGUCCUCAACGACCGCUACACCAAGGAAGAGUACACUAAGCGCCGUGUCUACUAUCUCAGCGUCCAUCCGGACUACAAGCAGAUCAACGGCCUGGUUCCCAUUGCGAGGCGUGACGCCAACAUUAUCUUUCACAGUGAUGAGCCUGCGCUCUCCAUCCAAAACAUUCGCCGCAGGGAAAUGCUGAAGUACAUGGAACCUCUUCUGCCAUUGCCAACGACUGAGAAUACGGACACGAUCGACUCUUUCCGCAGCUAUCCAGCCGAGGAGUGGACGCCAGUACGUCGUGCAUCUCGCGCAAGGAACAGAAGAGCUACCAGUCUGCCGGCCCAUAUACCAGCUACUACCGUUAAAGAUCUGACUGAGAACGCUGUGUCAAGCCUAGCUGAGAUUGAUCAGUCAAAGAAAGUCCAAGACACGCCCACGCACCUGACACAUGCGGCAAACAAUGCCACUAGCGUAGACGAGCAAACUCGCGCUCGCUCAAGAUCUCCAUUCCAAAACCAAUACAUCGGAGCAAGCACAUCAUUGACCAGGCCAACGAAUAGCUCACCCAUCAACGACAUGUUUACACUGGCAACUAGCGCCUUCCAAUCUUCGCCACUCGGCGUGAAGCGUUUCUCCUCCCCAUCAGUGGCCAAUAUGUAUCAAUCCGAGCUCAUCCACCACAUCAUGGACAAUCUCACCUCGGCAAAUCCAGCUACGUCACGGAACUUGUACGCAUCUAGGAAUACUUCGGCUCUGGCUGGUCGUGGUAUGCAUUUUCCGGUGAAGCAGAAGCGUGGCACGAAGCGAAAGGCGGAGACGCCGGAGCCGGAGCCGACGGACAGUGUAGUCGAUGGCGGGGGUCAAGCUCCGAGCGAGACUUCAUCAAUGGAUGACCAGCAGGGAUCGAAGAAGAAGUUCAAGCUCCUUGGACCACGUAAUCCCUCUCAAACCUCGUCCCAAGCUGGAACCCCUGAGCCCGAAGUACAGGCCCCCAAGGAGAGGAAGUUGAAAUCAAAGAGUGCAGCAAACGCAAAAGUAGCAACCUCCGCGCCUGCCAAACGUCGUGGCUCGGCAACGAAGUCCCACCUCGAAGCAGUCAUAGCCGGCACCGCCCUCCCCGAGACCAAAGCAGAAGCAACCCAAGCCGCCACCCUCCGCUACGACCGCCUCCUAGCCGCCCACAAAGCCACGCUCCAAGCCGCCCGUGCAGCCACCACUGCCGCCUCCUCAGGCACCGCCCCACGCAAAUACAGCAAAGAUGCCCGCGCCCCCGACUUCCCACCCGAAUUCUUCUCCCGCGCCAAUUUCCCUCGAGGCGAAGAAGAGGAUUCGGUACGCUGUGUCUGUGGUGCGAGGGACGAUGAUGGAGGGCAGAUGUUCUGCAUCAUGACUCCGGAAGCUCAAACUGAUGAUAUCCUUCUCAAUCUCUACAGCCCUCUCGUCAACCAUGAUCCGGCUUGGUACGAAAAGAUGCAAUUCAUCUAUCAUAUGCCGCGAGCUCAGACUUACAGUCUAGCUCCGUUGACUGCUUGGCUGGAGCAGAUCAAUCCUGUCAACCGCUCCUAG